AUGAGGUUCCUCAACACUCAAAUCGUCGUUUUCGCUUGUGUGCUUUCUGCCCAUGCAUUAAUCUCUCGUGCUGUGCCGAAGUCCGUGAUAGAUAGUUGCCCAUCGGCUCAGGAGGAGUCCUCUACCUCGAUCUUAAUCAAUGGAGAAGAGAUUAUACACCAGUCGUUCACUUGUCCAGAUGGGAAAUUCGAUGAUGAUCCGACCUCGAGAAGGGAUUAUAACGCUGGCGGAGGGUCUCUUUGGAAGCGUUCAUCACUCGAGGCGCGUGACACCAUAGAUUGCGAAUUUCCUCAGCUCAUGCCUGAAUGUCAGUGUGGGAGGGAAUUCUCCUGCAUUUGCUUUGAGGGCGAUGUCGCUCCGGAAGAGUUCGAUUGUACCCAGUUACUUAACAUGGUUACUUCGGCAAACGAGGAUGCUCAAACGUUCACUGUCGCUGCAAACGGAGCCGAUGUUAUUUCUCUGCGAACCUGUGCCCUGAUAUUUGUUAACAAUCAGGACAUUGCAGUGGAUUACUGCUGGGAUAAUCUUGUCAGUCAAAUUGUGCUUUCCGUACAAAACCUGGACUGA